AUGUAUUGUGCACGGUCCAGGUACGGGUUUCUCUCUCUCACCUCUCUCGCCGCUCUCUCUCACCUCUCUCACCUCUCUCGCCUCUCUCACUUCUCGCCUCUCUCACUUCUCGCCUCUCUCACUUCUCGCCUCUCUCACUUCUCGCCUCUCUCACUCCUCGCCUCUCUCACUUCUCGCCUCUCUCGCCUUCCCACUUCUUUCUCCUCUCAUAAAAAGAUUCGUGGAGACUGGGACUUCGACCUCUCGGGCUUUGUCAAGCUCCUCCCUUAUGGGACUUUGACCUCUCGGGCUGUUCUAAGCGAUCAGAUCUGCGUCAUAAAGCGUGCACGGAGACAGUUCACAUCCGACCAAGCUAAGCUAGAGAAGGAUGAAGCAGCUCUAAGAGCUAAGCAACAGACCCAUACAUUAAGACUUCGGGAAGCUCAGAUUUCUACCCAAGAAAGUCAAAGCAGUCUCAAUGAACAGUUCGUAGAGCUCGGAGACGCCGGUCCAAGUAUGAUGAACAAUGUUCGGGUACCUGUCCAAAUGCAACCUGUCCUCUCCGACGUUGGGCUAGGGCAGUUACGAGAGUUGUUUGGUGAGCUUGAUGGCCUUUCGAGCGCCGUAAUCCAAGUCCUUUGGACCACUUUCCAGCCAUGGAACAGCGGGAAAACGAAGAAGGAUUGGAUGAAGCACACACGAGAGCAGACUCCAAUGAAGUGUAUCAGUCGAAAGAUGGCAAAGAAGGGUGUUGCAGUGUUUCCACAUGGAGAAGAUUUCGCAUGUGAUUAUUGUAUGGAGAAACAAAUCGUGUGCUGUGCCUUGAACAACGGCCUAGCGACAGCGCGCCCACUGGCGGAAAGCGAACAAACGAAACCCAUAGAAGACGAUGACCUUCCUUACACGAAGGAUGAUGUGGCCUACUGGGUCAAACAAGAUGCUCUGCUUCUACAUGAAUAA